CGGCCAGCUGCAGUCGUAAUUAGACCGCGGAAUAGGCGCAGAGCAUUCAGAGCCUCACACAAAGUGGACAAAACAUCCCGGAGAAUCACGUGAGGUCACUUCGCCUCUCAGUCCUUGUAGUUUUGUGACACAAUUCAGUGCCGUCUUGUGGACAGACUUUUACUUGACUCCAAAAGAGUGCAACAUCACUGCUUUCACCGUUACAAAGCUCUUAAUCUUCAGUUUCAAGCUCACAGUUUUUUUCAACUUCUUCUUUUCUCGACUAAUCUCAACUGCACACUGGCAAGGGUUCUUGUAAGAUGGAAACCAUCGAAGUUGAAAAUGGUAUUACUCAAUUUUAAAUUGAAGCACAAAGUUCGACUGCGGCUGAUAUAACUCCAGGUGUCAUAUCUUCUAAUAACAUGAGCCACCCAGACAGUCCAGAGAUGUGUCGAGGUUCAAGGGAAAUCACCGACGUGACGACUGAAGCAUCUUCAGUCCCACAAACUAAUGAUAUCUCUGCCUUGGAAGCUAAAAUUGUGGAAAACGAAACAAAUACUGUGAAGCUAGAAGAUACAAGAGGAGAUGAAGGGGUAGCCACGACUAACAAGGACAGCGAGGGACGAAAAGAGGAAGCCCUAUCAGUUAUUUCUGACUCCAAAUCCGAAACAGAAUCCUUAACCAGCCUGGAUUUUGCUCCUUUGUCCAGUGUACUUCUGGAUCGAAAUUCCCCUGCACGAAUAUCCAAUGCAUACAAGGAAAAAUCGGGAAUCAGCACCGGAAAUGAGACGAGGAACCAGGGCCCAAAUCUCGUGCAAGGAUUCGCCGACUAUCUGAUAGUCUUGGAAAAGCGGAUGGAUCAAUUGGAGUCCAGUCUAAAGGCUAAGAACGAGGAAGUGGACGAGGACGAUGAUGAUACUGGCAGUCUGCCAUCUAACAUGUCGACCUCUGAGAUUGACGAUUCUAUGAUUGAAAUUUUCGUCAAGUUCUUCAAUUCGGUAGCGUAACUGGAAGAGGAUGGAUCAUAUCCAGCAUCUCACGUUACCGAGAAGGGGACUUUCACGUGCUACCACGACACUCAGCAUCUCAUCCGAGUGCUAUACUCUAAAUUCAAAGGUGACGUGACAGAGCCAACUAAACAGGCGGAUUCCACGCCAACUAAAGUUAAUGAUAUUGACAUCUUGACUUUUGGUGUCUCAUCGGAGACCAUUGCUCUAUUCUUUGAGAAACAAUUGAGCACUAGUGCCGUCGGUGACCGCCUGAUCCGAUUUGGAAAACCCUUCCAACCACUGAUUAGAAAUCUCGGCCCUGUUAGAGAACAUUUGAAGAGGCUGAAGAGUCUUUACGGGUAGGUUGACAUAAAUGCGUGACUACCCUAUUUGUUGACGAUAAGUAUACAGUCGAGUGAUGAUCGGAGGCGUGGAAAAGACUAGGACAGCCUUGGAUGGCUCAACUGAGGCAUCAGCUACCACAUUAAACCGCGAGGAAAGCGAUCUUCUACCCUUUGCACCCGCCAAGAGCGGUGGAAAUGGCGGCAUUCCAGCCUAUGACCGGCCUAUAGCUCUUCUCCACUUUCAAGCCUUCUUAUCCUUCAUCGAUGAAUUGAUGGGCAAGCAAAUCAAAUUAUAUGAGCGUCUUCGCAAUGGGGAGGAGCAUGACGUAGCCUUUGAGAACCUCUGGAUGUUACUCGACACCGAUGUCACCAUUGACCGCUUCGCGAAGCAGCAACAGAGGAAUAUGAAAAUGUCAAAGGUAGUGCACAUACUUGAAUUCGAAGGUAUACGCCUCAAGCUUAUCGAGUGGUGGCUACUUCUGGAGGCAUGCCUUUGGUAACAACCAUGGCUCCUGCAUUUAAAAUGACGAAUGAGGAUGAUGAGGUCGCUGCCAGCCCAUUUAGCAAAUCCUACAUAAAGGCAAACGUUAAGGCUCUCGCAGGUAUACUGACGCAGACGGUAAAGAUUUCAAGGAAAUUUAGAAAUAACUACACAGAUUUCUACGUGUAUGGCUUCUACAUAGACUUCAACGGGUUGAAUUUGGUACGGUCCAGGACGUGUUCGUUUUCAAGCCCUACGAGCGCGAAAUGAAUAUUCAUAAUCUCCAGGCAUACCCCGCACACUAUAAGUUGCGCAAGAAGCUGCUUUACAAUGGCGAAAAGUUUAUUGAUGCCACGAGAGCUUCUCACCUGCAGUACGAAGGGCUGACCGUUGGACCAAGUCGAGAAGAGGUUAGUCUGACCACAUCUAUUUGCACAGGAUAUAGUCACUAAUCUGACAUUUUGAGACAUAGAUUAAUAGCCCGGUGGUGAUAGACAUAAAAUUGGCCUUUGAAGGCGGGUCCGGCACGGAUAAAGCGUUCAUUGAGGUCCUAAAAUUUAAACCGAUUGCAUCUCUCUGGUUGCGCGGUUCAGGAGUGCAGACCUAUAAACUCUUUGGGAAUCCGGUUGCUAUAAUAGGCGGUGCUAGAUCGAUGCACGGCAAGUGUAUACAUUGAAUCACAGAAAAUGCAGCGGGGCAAGAUUGAGUCAAAGAUCAAACUCGUACUCGAAGAUUAUAAGAGCGAGAAGAAUCAGCAAGAUAAGGACGGCGUGGGAUGGUUAAAGAAACUUAUGGAGGAUAACGGAAUCAUCACACUCUUACCAGGGGCAAUACCGGGCUUCGCUCCGAGGAAUCGAAAAUAGGGUUAGUACAAUUGUCCCAACGCACCCAAUCACAAAUUUGGGUCGCUGACAUAAUUUCACACACAGCUGUUCUGAAUCUCGCGCAACACAGGUCUGUUGAGCAGAGCGAUAAUUGGGAGAAUCUUGUCCUUCCCCGGGGACAUCGAAAGAUGGUUCAAGCCAUGGCAGAGACCCACACACAAAAUAUCAGCCCCAACAAGGACGUCAACGUCGGACUGGAUUUGGUGCAAGGGAAAGGUGAGUAACUCGAAUUUCAUUGAAAGAUUCGUUAGCACUGCUGAGAAUUUUGAAGGAAAAGGAUGUGUCAUCCUCUUGCACGUGGUCCCGGGAGUUGGCAAGACUUCUACGGCCGGUAAGUCCAGGCAAAUCCUCCAGCAAAUGAGCAUACUGAAUCAGUUUUACUGAUAGAUGAAUCCAUUUGCAGAAUGUGUCGCUGCUCAUGCUAAGAAGCCACUUUACCCUAUCACCUGCGGUGAGUCGAGCCCCUGCCUUUCUAUCUUUUAGGAAAAAUUAUAGUGACACAGUAAAUACUGAAUUCACUUGGCAAAUAGGUGGCAUUGGCGUUGAGCCUCAAGAAUUGGAAAGAAAUAUGGAUAAUCACUUUAAGCUGGCAAAUAGAUGUGGUUGUGUACCUUUGCUCGAUAAAGUAGAUGUGUUCUUUGCCAAACGUGAUGUGGGUCAACUCCCUUUUGAGAUUUGAAAGACACAGGUACUUACUCCGUAUAGCAAAGAGAUAUACAGAGAAAUAAAUUGGUUUCAGUUAAGCUUUCGAACAGACUAAACAUCUCCACGAUACCUUAUUUAUUGUGAUGCUAACAUAAACCUAGUGUUUCUGCGCAUGCUCGAGUACAACUCCGGAAUCCUAUUUCUCACCAUGAACCGAGUCGGAGCCAUUGACGACGCAUUUCGUUCGCGUCUACAUCUAACUCUCUACUACCCCAAGCUCACAAAGAAGCAAACAAAACAGAUUUUCGAGAAUAAUUUUCAACGAAUCGCCGACAUAAACGUCGACCGCAGAAACAGGAAUCUGCCACCAUUCGACUACGUAAACUCGGAGAAGAAAAUCAUGCGUUGGGCCGAGGAUACCUGGAAGGAGCUGAGAUGGAAUGGUCGCCAGAUCCGCAACGCAUUGCAAACUGCCCUCGCCCUAUGCGAAUUUCAUGCUAAGAGUAGCAAUAGCGAGUCAACAAUCCCCAUCAUAACCAAGAAAGAUUUUAAAAUCGCCGCCAGUGCCUCUAUCCAAUUCAGUCAGUAUCUGUUAGCGACUCACAGUCAAGACGAAGACUCGAUGGUAGGCCGCGAGACUGUGAGAGCAAAGAACUAUGCGCCCUCCCCUGAGAUGGCCAAGUUAUUUUACUCUGAUUUCAGCACGGAGGGGGAGGAUAGCAGCGAUGAGUCGGAAGCCUCUACCGGUUCAGAUGAAUCAGAUGAGUCAGACGCCAGAAGGAAGAAAAAGAGCAGUAAGAGAAAGAAGGAAAAGGAGUCGAAGAGUAGUAAUAAGAAAGGCAAGAAGAUUUCGAACAAGGAUGAAAAAUCGGAAAAGUCCGAAAAAAAAGAAAAAGGAAAAGAAGAAGAAGAAGGAAGAAACCGAAGACUCUGAAGACUCUGACUGAAUUCGCUUCUGGAACUUCAAAUUCCUAAACAGCUUUCUAGACUUUAACACUAGGUGAGACAGCUAUAUUGAUGAAGCGCCCGUUUCCUCUUUUCCCCUUUUCUAUAUUAAAAAUCUACUCUCAUACACUCCUAUCUCUUUGAGUAUAAUCUGAUAUCAAAAUUCGCUGUCGAAUAUAUUUUUAGAGGUUUUGGCGAAGGUUUCGGCUAACUUUCGGAUGGGUUUAACCUUAGAACUAAACAGUGUUUUGGGAGAUUCUGCAUUUACCUAUAUCUUUACUGUUUAUGUCUGUUGAAUUAGCCACCCUAGAAAUAUGAAGUUAUUGAUUUAUUUUCAAGAACCGUGAUCUUUCCAUCUCAAAUAAUGGAUAUGUCUUAGACUAUCCCAAAAGGAAGCUAUGGAGAAGUCGCCAGUGAAGAUGGAAAGCCAAAUAAAGCAAGAGCGAGGGAAAGCUUUCCCUUAUAUUCCCCGAUCAUUUCCGCUACU